UUUGAUACGAACCGCCUAAAUAUCGUUAUUCUACAUGCAUCUCUUAGUUAUCUAUCUAAUUAUGGCACAUGGUUGAUUAUUCUCUAAAAAGUAGUAAGUGUUGAAAGAGAGAACGUGGCACUGCACGAUUGUUCUCCGUUGAUUCACGAAAAUAUUUCAUAAAAAAAAUCUAUUAAAAUUAUAACAUAAUAACUGCCUAUUUCUAUUUACUAAACUAUUCUAAUUCUUGUUGGUAUUCAUUGCCAACUAUAUGGGUGACGAUAGCAACUAUGCGUCUAUUUAAAUAUUGAACAUGAGAGUAGUUAUAAUAUUUCUUGGUGUUGUACAAUUUUUGGAUUUUUUUACAUUAUCUGCUGCGUGGGACAAUGAUGAAUUGGAAGUAUUCGAUGUCGUCGAAGAAGUUAAUCAAAAUUUCUAUGAACUCAUGGGUGUAUCUCAGGUGGCAAAUGCCUCCGAGAUUAAAAAAGCAUUUAGACGAUUAUCCCUUCAACUUCAUCCGGAUAAAAAUGCUGCCGACAAUGCGGAAGAACAAUUUAGAAAAUUGGUUGCUGUAUACGAUGUCUUAAGGGAUCCUGGAAAGCGACAGAAAUAUGAUAAUGUUCUUGUUAAUGGCUUGCCUAAUUGGCGGUCAGCUGUAUAUUAUUAUCGACAUGUAAGAAAAAUGGGAUUGAUGGAAAUGAGUGUUAUAUUAUUUCUACUGAUUACGAUUGGACAAUAUUUAUUAGCAUGGGCUGCAUAUUUUGAAAAGAGGUAUACUUAUGAACAAGUACUCGGUAGUAAGCUCCAAAAGUUGCAGAAAAAAAAUAGAAAAGGUAAAAUGGAUGUUCCAGAUUUAGCAGAUAUUUUGGAAAAAAUACCAACGCCGAGUAUUUGGAAUACUCUUCCAUUUCAAAUGCCUAGAUGGACAGUUGCAUCUGUUGUAUCUGUACCAUCUAUUAUUCGUGCUAUAAAUGAAAGUAUAGAAGAAAGGAAACGCAGGAAAAAGGAAGAAGAAGAAGAAGCAUUAGCACAAGAAAAUGAACAAGCAGAACCGGAUAUUACACCGCGCGGUCCUAGAAGACGAAAAACAGGAUUUCCACUUCAAGAAAGAAAUGAUAGCAAUUCAAAAGUUGUACCAAAAAAAGAAACUAACGAUACAAAUAAUAGUUACGAUAAACCUACAAUAACCGGUGGAUUAUGGACGGACGACGACGUUAUGGAAUUAAUAAAGCUCGUUAAGAAAUAUCCUGGUGGUACACCGGAGAGAUGGGAAAAAAUUGCGGAUACUAUGAAUCGUACGGUUGGAGAAGUUACGCACAUGGCUAAAAAAAUCAAAGAUGAAGGAUUGAAACCUGGCGAAUGUAUAGAAGAUACUGGAACGGAUCGACCGAAAAAAGUUAAGACACGUAAUGAAAAUUCUGAUAAUACUAAUAUCGAUUGGAGUCAAGAACAACAGAAAGCAUUAGAAUCUGCACUUAUAAAGUACCCUAAAGGAGCAUCCAUUGAUAGAUGGGAAAAAAUUGCGGCAUGCGUUGAAGGAAAAACAAAGGAGGAAUGCCAAACGCGAUAUCGACAAUUAGUUGAAUUAAUUAAAAAAAAGCAACAUUCGUGACUUGUUUUACAAGAAAACACAACACACAGAUAAACAUACAAAAAUUCUUUUAUCAACUGUGUAAUACUUUGUUACCGUUGUGUAAACAAAAAAAUGGAGAAAUAAUUUCGAAAUUUAUUUAUGAUAAUAAUUUUUUUCUUUUUUUUUUUAAUUUCAUUAAAUAGUUGUGUGGAUAAAACAAAAUGCAAUGUAUGAAACACAAGCAUUGAAGUAAUUAUUACUGAAAUGUUAUUCUUUAUCUUUUUUGUGCAAGAUACAAAUUAUAUCCACAGUUUGCCCAUGAGUGAUAUAGAACACCUUAAAUUAAAUCUAAAUAAUUGUAACACUAAUUACAAUCAUAUAAAUGAUCAUCUUCCUUUUUGGCAAGAUAUCUUUAAACCGUUCCAUUGAUACCAAGAAUGUAUUUAUUUAAUAAAUUUAAUACUUCGUUAAGAGAAAGAGACUGAAGAGAUAUAUAUACACACAGUUAAGAUAUAUAUAUAUAUAUAUUCCUAUAUUUUAGACUUUACUUGGGUAUUCUAACUCUUUCUGUGUUUUAAAAAUAAAAAAAAAAAAAA